AUGGUCACUGUGUCAUCUGUGUGUAACUGGGCUUUUGACUACUGGGGUCGCGGCACAGUUGUCACCGUUACAAGCGGAGUGCAAAGCCCACCGGCGUCAAUCUUUGGUAUGUCACAAUGUGGCUCUGGCUCGGAUGGAUUCCUUACUCUCGGCUGUUUAACAUCUGGUUUCUCCCCUGCCGAUGCUCUGAAGUUCAAAUGGACGGACUCCCAAGGAAAGGAACUUACUGAGUUUACCCAGUAUCCGAUGGCCGAGACCAGUGGUUCCUACACCUCGGUCAGUCAUGUGCAAGUGAAAGCUUCUGACUGGAAUACUGAAAAGUCGUUCAUGUGCACAGCUGAACAUCCGGCAGGAUCAAAAACAGAAACCCUUAAAAAAGAAGUUGUGCCUGACCACCCUGCAUCUCUGCUUCUAACAUCUCCUACUGAAAAGGAGUUAGAAAAUGGAACAGCUACCUUCAUCUGCUUAGCCAGUCAUUUCUCACCUAAAACAUAUGAGUUUAAAUGGACACUUGAUUCUGUGGACGUGAGUACACAGGCCACAGAUCUCAUGUUAAAAGAGGAAAAAAACAAUUUCAGUGCCAUAAGCAUUUUGAAAAUCAAGGCCAACCAAUGGAUAUAUUCAUCUUCCCCAAUUAAAUGUGAAUUCAAGCAAGACAAAUGGACCUUUUCCAGAGAGGCCAAGCAUACUGCUGACUCUUGUGAAAAUCCACUUGAUAUGAAUAUAGUCGGCCCUUCCAUAAAGGACAUGCUUGUUAAAAGAGCAGGUGAACUCCAGUGCACUGCUAAUGGACCUCAAGGUUUCAAAAACAUGAAAUGGAUUAGUGAUGGUAAAGAAAUUGCAUCAGUCCAGACGAACCCCAUGAGUACCGAAGUCACACUCAUUACUCCUAUCAGUUAUGAUGACUGGAGCAACGGCACAGCAUAUACUUGCGAGGUGGAGCACGAUCUAUUUGCCACCACGCAGUCAAAGAAAUACGAACGAAAGAAUGGAGGUGACCUUCGGUGCCCCUCAGUUUAUCUGCUCGCUCCGCCAGAAAAGAGCCCCGAUGAGGAAUGGGUGACCCUGACUUGUUAUGUGAAAAACUUCUACCCUAAAGAGGUAGUUGUGAUUUGGCUUGCUAAUGAUAAACCAGUGGAAGGAGAUAAGGCGAGGACCACUAGUGUGAUUGAGAGAGAUGGCCACUUUUCAGUUUAUAGCCAGCUCCUUGUCCAGGACUGGGAACAAGACUCAGUGGUGUACAGCUGUGUAGUAUACCACGAGGCUAAUGACCAGACUGUGCGCCUCAUAGCCAGAACAACCGACAGUAAAUCCAAUACACCCACCUUAGUGAAUUUCAGCAUGAAUGUACCCUCAGGCUGCAAAGGAUCCUGCUAUCACUUUGUUUUAUCUGUUUUAAUCUCAUGGUUUAUAGCUCAGCGUGUGAACAAGCCCAAAAUCACUCUGUUGAGUAAAGAAGAUGGUGACCAAGUUCUGCUGCUUUGUUCUGUGGAGGAUUUUUAUCCCGAACAACUUACAGUAAAAUGGUCGACGGAUGGGUCAACAGUGGAUGUGAAUUUGCAAACUCCAGAUGUUAAGAAAUUACAAAGUAUUGGCAAAAUGAAGACUUUCACUGAAAUAAGCAUAGUACGCAUUGAGGCAGAGCUGUGGAAAAAAGGCAUAGAGUAUAAAUGUAACGCAGAACACAAUUCCCAGGACUUUAGCACAAAACUAAGCAUUUGCAAAGCUCAUCCAUCUGUCAAGCCACAAAUACAUCUGGCCAAACCUAAUCUCAUAUCAGUAAAAACAGAUCAGCUGGCCACAGCUUCAUGUACUGUUGAGUCAGUGUACAAUGAGGUACAAGUUUCAUGGAUUGGGGAAGGAAACAAACAGGAUAGUAGUAUCUCUGUAGACCAAAAGUAUAAUCCCAGCAAGAAAAUUUAUGAAACUAUUAGCAAAUUCACGCUCCCAGUAACAAAGUGGAAAUCCUGGAGUACAGUAACAUGUAGAGCUGAACAUCAAUGCUUCUCCAGUGAGGAAAAGACCAUCUAUAUUGUUGAGCCUGUACAGUGGAAUACUUCUGUACUGAUUAGAAGGCCUUUUGCAGACAGUGCUGUGCUGCAGUGUGUGGGAAAUGAGCUUCCCUCUGGUGUGCUUACUGUCAUACUCCAGUCCAGUGCAACUGAGAUCUCUCGUCAGUAUGUGGACCUGCCCAAAGACCUGAACACUCUCACCACAUACUUCACUGUUCCUGAUACAUAUCAAACCAAAGAUCAUCGCUUCUCAUGUAUAGUUUACCAAAACACUAAUAAGUGGACAUCAGAUUCUACUGAAUGUAUUUUUGGUGACCCUACUGUGGAACUCUUAAUGGUUCCCAGUGUUGGACACCCCACAUCAGAACCACAAAUAUUGCAGUGCAUUGGCACUGGAUUCAACCCAAAGAUUAAAUGGCUUGUCAAAUCGGUGGAGAAGCAUGAUGCUACUUCUAAAAGUAUGAUGCAAGCAGAUGGACGUGUAAAAGUGUUCAGUGAAAUAUCAGUGUCACAGCAAGACUGGAAUCAAGGUUCAAAAUAUACAUGUAAAGUUAAUGAUGAGAAGCUUAAAAAAAAACAUGUCGAGAAGAGCACCAAUAUUUGUGCAGCUCAUCCAUCUGUCAAACCACAAAUACAUCUGGCCAAACCUAAUCUCAUAUCAGUAAAAACAGAUCAGCUGGUCACAGCUUCAUGUACUGUUCAGUCAGUGUACUAUGAUGUACAAGUUUCAUGGUUUGGGGAAGGAAACAAACAGGAUAGUAGUAUCUCUAAAAACCAGAUGUAUGAACCCAGCAAGAAAACUUAUGAAACUAUUAGCAAAUUCACGCUCCCAGUAACAAAGUGGAAAUCCUGGAGUACAGUAACAUGUAGAGCUGAACAUCAAUGCUUCUCCAGUGAGGGAAAGACCAUCUAUAUUGUUGAGCCUGUACAGUGGAAUACUUCUGUACUGAUUAGAAGGCCUUUUGCAGACAGUGCUGUGCUGCAGUGUGUGGGAAAUGAGCUUCCCUCUGGUGUGCUUACUGUCAUACUCCAGUCCAGUGCAACUGAGAUCUCUCGUCAGUAUGUGGACCUGCCCGAAGACCUGAACACUCUCACCACAUACUUCACUGUUCCUGACACAUAUCAAACCAAAGAUCAUCGCUUCUCAUGUAUAGUUUACCAAAACAUUAAUAAUAAGUGGACAUCAGAUUCUACUGAAUGUAUUUUUGGUGACCCUACUGUGGAACUCUUAAUGGUUCCCAGUGUUGGACACCCCACAUCAGAACCACAAAUAUUGCAGUGCAUUGGCACUGGAUUCAACCCAAAGAUUAAAUGGCUUGUCAAAUCGGUGGAGAAGCAUGAUGCUACUUCUAAAAGUAUGAUGCAAGCAGAUGGACGUGUAAAAGUGUUCAGUGAAAUAUCAGUGUCACAGCAAGACUGGAAUCAAGGUUCAAAAUAUACAUGUAAAGUUAAUGAUGAGAAGCUUAAAAAAAAACAUGUCGAGAAGAGCACCAAUAUUUGUGCAGCUCAUCCAUCUGUCAAACCACAAAUACAUCUGGCCAAACCUAAUCUCAUAUCAGUAAAAACAAAUCAGCUGGUCACAACUUCAUGUACUGUUGAGUCAAUGUACUAUGAUGUACAAGUUUCAUGGUUUGGGGAAGGAAACAAACAGGAUAGUAGUAUCUCUAAAAACCAGAUGUAUAAACCCAGCAAGAAAACUUAUGAAACUAUUAGCAAAUUCACGCUCCCAGUAACAAAGUGGAAAUCCUGGAGUACAGUAACAUGUAGAGCUGAACAUCAAUGCUUCUCCAGUGAGGGAAAGACCAUCUAUAUUGUUGAGCCUGUACAGUGGAAUACUUCUGUACUGAUUAGAAGGCCUUUUGCAGACAGUGCUGUGCUGCAGUGUGUGGGAAAUGAGCUUCCCUCUGGUGUGCUUACUGUCAUACUCCAGUCCAGUGCAACUGAGAUCUCUCGUCAGUAUGUGGGACCUGCCGAAGACCUGAACACUCUCACCACAUACUUCACUGUUCCUGACACAUAUCAAACCAAAGAUCAUCGCUUCUCAUUGACUGCAGCUAUGGCUCAGGUCUACCUGUUAGGUCCAUCCUUUAAUGACAUGAGCUCAACGAAUCAUGUGCAUGUGACCUGUCUGGUACUGGCUCACAAGAUCGACAUCUAUGCUGUUACAUGGAGAGUAGGCAAGGAUGCGGCAUCUCAGGGUGUGAACAAACAACCUUCUAUAGACCAUCAUAAUGGAACAGAAAGUUUUCAAAGCAUUCUAGAGGUCUCAGCUUCAAAAUGGAAUGCACACACAGUCAUUUACUGCGAGGUAUCAAAUCUGUGCUCCAGUGCAACACAGAGCCUCAACAUCUCCAAAGUCAAAGACCCCAAAAGGCCAACUGUCCAAAUCCUUCAACUCAGUGACAGAGAUUUGUCAGGACCCCAUGAGAAGACCCUGCUGUGCUUGAUCUCUAGAUUCUACCCAGCUGAGAUCUCUGUCUACUGGGACCUGAAUGGAAUGAAGCUGGAAAAAUCUCAGUUUUCCAACAGUCCAGCAGGUGCACACUCUGUGGGCCCAGAUUUCACCAUGCACAGCACACUGACAUUACCAGAAUCAGGACACGAGAAUGACACUUACUCUUGCAUAGUCAGCCACCAGUCAUCAGAAACACCAAUAGUCAGCAGGCUGGACAACAUAUAUGCCUCAGUGGUCAAAUCUGCACCCACUGUGGACCUCCUGCGGCACUCUGAUGAGUUGGUGUGUCUGGUGUCCAAAUACAGCCCAUCUGCCAUUAACAUCACCUGGCUCAAAGGUAGUGAGGUCGUGCAGCACAACAGGCCUCUUCCUGCCAAGGACGCCACAGGGAAAUUCAUGGUUCAGAGCCGUCUGCAACUUCGUGCUACUGAUUGGAAGGCAGAAACUACAUACACUUGCCAGGUUGACCACAUAACUGGCACUGUUAUUCACAGGAUCUCUAAAGAAGAAUUUUUUCAAGAAAGUAUAUAUUUUGAUGACAACCUGUUUCAAGCUGUCAAUCUGGAUAUUUCUGAAGAAACCUGGAAGACAGCCUGUACGUUCAUUGCACUCUUUGUCAUCUCCCUCAUUUAUGGGUUCUUGGUCACACUAGUUAAAGUAAAGUAAAGGUCUCAUGAUUAGUAAUAAUAUUUUGGGCAUAUUUCUUUAAGUAUUAUAUUAAGCAAAGCCUUUUAAUAAAAUACAUUAGUGCAACAUACAAAUAAAAUGUCUAGUCUUAAUACAUAAAAGAUAAAAAAAACUCUUUAAAAAAGAACAAAUCAAAAAAAAUAAUAAACUCAAAUAUCUUACUGUUUGAUCCUGCAGAUGGAAUAUUCAGUUAAUGGCUUUGGAAUUACUGGCUCUGUUUUAUGUUUUUCGCAAUUUACUUACUUUAUUCUAAAUGUAUGCUGUCUCAUUCAAAUAAAACUGAUUUGUUAAAAAUGA